AUCAAGUGGAAGGAUACAAAAUGGUCGGUCCUUUUAUGCAAGGCCUCUUCUUGAUUGGCAUCAUCUACUGGUAUUCCAAGGGGAUGAUGUCCAUGAUCAACGACUACUACAGAAGUGAGUUCCAGAGGAAGUUGCAGGCGGAACCAGCAAAGGCGAAGGCGGAGGCACCCAUCAAUGUGGACAACUUUAUGGAUUAUGUUAGGGAGUUGGACACUCCUGACGAGGUGGCUAGAAGCCCGGCGGAAGGAACUGAAUCUCCGCCCAUAGGAGACACCUAUUGCAACAUCCUUCUACGAUUCUUGGAGAUUACCGGCACUCUGCCACCUAUUGAUGUUUGCCUAGUUACGAGCAACAUAAGAUAGCCCAUCCUAUAAUUAAUUAUAAAGUAUAUAAUAUAAUUAUAUAAAUUAUACUAAGUGUAUUUUAUAUGAGUUUCAUAGAAUAAAGUAUGGUACUAAAAAUCGAAUUGCAUA